GAACGACGAGACACUUCUCUGCUAUUCAGUCAUCCAGAACCCAUUGCUCGUCCCGAUUCAUCAAGAACCAUGGCUGAAGAAACCAAGCCUGUCGAGGCCCCUGCCGCCACCCCCUCUACCGUUGCCGAUGCCCUUGCGGAGGUCGUGCUUGGCGAGGACGGCCAACCCCUGUCGAAGAAGGCUCUGAAGAAACUUGAGGCUGCUCGCGAGAAGGAGCGCAAGAAAGCCGAAAAGGCUGCUAAGCUCGAGGCUGAGAAGGCUGCCAAGGCGGCCAACGAAGUUGACUACUCUGAGGGUCUUUAUGGCAAGCUUCCGUUGAUCCAGAGCAGUUCCAAGACCGGCGUGCCGCGUGUCCAGAUUGCGUCUCUCAACAAGCAAAAGGCUGGCACUGAGGUCGUCUUCCGCGCCCGUAUCCACACUUCGCGAUUGCAGGGAAACAAGAUGUGCUUCUUUGCUUUCCGCCAGCAGAGCUCGCUCAUUCAGGGUCUGCUGGUCGCGAACAAGGACACGAUCUCGAAGCAGUUUGUCAAGUGGGCAGGCAGCAUCUCUCUCGAGAGCAUUGUCCUCGUCCACGGUAUCGUCGCCGAGGCUCCAGAGCUUAUCCGCUCGGCAACGGUCCAGGAUGUGGAAAUUCAGGUCACCAAACUGUACACUAUCGCUGAGACCCCCAGUCAGAUGCCUAUCUUGAUCGAGGAUGCUUCUCGCAGCGACGCCGAGGCCGAGGCUGCCGGUCUUCCUGUCGUCAACCUCGACACCAGACUCAACUCCCGUGUUAUCGAUCUUCGUACCAUCACCAACCAGGCAAUCUUCAAGAUCCAGGCCGGUGUCUGCACUUUGUUCAAGGAGUACCUGCUCAGCCUCAACUUCACCGAAGUCCACACUCCCAAGAUCAUGGGUGCCGCUUCAGAAGGUGGUGCGAACGUGUUCAAGAUCAAGUACUUCAACGGCGAAGCCUUCCUUGCGCAGUCGCCCCAGUUCCACAAGCAGAUGCUUAUUGCCGCCGAUUUCGAGCGCGUGUUCGAGAUCGCUCCCGUGUUCCGUGCCGAGGAUAGUAACACUCACAGACACAUGACUGAGUUUGUCGGCCUCGAUCUCGAGAUGGCGAUCGAGGAGCACUACGAUGAGGCAAUCGAUGUCUUGGUUGGUCUUUUCAGCCACAUCUUCCUCGGCUUGCGCGAGCGCUUCGGCCGCGAGAUCGACAUCGUCCGCCGGCAAUACCCUGUCGAGGAGUUCAAGUUCCCCAAGGAUGGCAAGAUGGUCCGCAUUCCUUUCAAGGAGGGUAUCAAGAUGCUGCGCGAGGCUGGUCGUGACCUUCCCGAGCUUGAGGAUCUCAACACCGAGAACGAGAGAUUGUUGGGACAGCUCGUGAAGGACAAGUACGACACCGAUUUCUAUAUCCUCGACAAGUUCCCUGCGGCCGCGAGACCGUUCUAUACGAUGCCCGAUCCCGAGGACCCGAACUACUCGAACUCCUACGACUUCUUCAUGCGCGGAGAAGAGAUUCUCUCUGGUGCUCAGCGUAUCCACGACGUCGAGCUUCUGAAGAAGCGGAUGGUCGACCUGGGCUUGAACCCCGACGAGCCUGGCUUCAAGGACUACAUUGACGCGUUCCAGUUCGGUGCUCCUCCCCACGCUGGUGGUGGUAUCGGCCUUGAGCGCGUUGUCAUGUUCUUCCUCGACCUGAAGAACAUCAGACGUGCCAGCUUGUUCCCUCGUGACCCGCGUCGUCUGCGGCCAUAGAGAGAAGUAGUCUGUCACCUAUAUACACGUACAGCGACUCAAAAUAAAAAACAAAGCUUGAAAUCUCUAACAUUAA